GGAGAGAGGAACAAGCCCUAGCCUACUCCGUGCCUUAGUUAACGUUAUUCCCGCCGACCCUUUCCCAAACAUCACAAUUAUUCCACUUUCAGUUCACAUCCACCAUCCAUCACCCAACAUCAGGUACAUUUCUUUACUCGUGCAGGCAAGCGCACACGACUCUUUCGUUGCUUGCAAUACAGUCGAUCUUUCCCUGUCUUUGUCCACCUCUCCACACGCGUCGCUCUUUUGAAGCAACCGAGACUGGCUCUCUGCACUCGCCUCAGUCUUUACCGCGUCCGAGUCCCUAUACCUUGCCUCACCUCCGAGCCUCGUCCUGCUUCAUAUUCGUACCAAUCGCGUACACUCUCUCGCUGCACUUAGUCUGCUCGAUCGCCCAAGCUUGUAACCUUCAUGCGACCUGAAACUCAUCGGAACUCGUCGAGUCUGCUCGGCGAACACAUAACGCGACCUUCACUUUCUCCCCGCCCUAAAUGGUGCGCGCAAUGACCUCCUUGAAGCCACAGCUUGUGAGAGCUGAUACACUCGACCUACAAGCUCACGAGGCGCCGUCCGCAAAAGACCAUACGAGACAGCCCGCCCAUCCUCAACCUUAUGGCUUUGGACCCGCUGCACCGCACCAAGCGCAGACCAUAAGACAGGCUGAGCAGCAGGCAUACCAGCAACAACACACAAGCCCCAGGAUCUCAGAAGACCAACCCAAUGGAGGACCCUCAUCUGAACAACACUUCUACGACGAUGCGGAUGACGAUCACGACGACGACCAUAUGGACCCACAGACUGGGAUCAAUGGGAAUGGAUACCAUGGGCAGGACCUGGACGACGGAGAAGCGGGUGAUUCCCAUGACGAGGAUAUGGAUGACGACCUCAUGGACAAAAUCUCCAGUUCACCUUCCAUUGAAGAUGAGGACAUUGACUUCGAGUUUGUUUACGCUUUGCACACCUUUGUCGCGACGGUCGAAGGCCAAGCAAAUGCCACGAAGGGAGACACCAUGGUUUUGCUUGACGAUAGUAACAGCUAUUGGUGGCUCGUGCGUGUCGUCAAAGAUGGUAGUAUUGGCUACCUACCUGCCGAACACAUUGAAACGCCCACUGAGCGACUAGCUCGACUGAAUAAACAUCGGAACGUUGAUCUGUCAGCUUCGAUGCUAGGAGACAACACGGAGAAGUCCAAGAAUCCGUUGAAGAAAGCCAUGCGCAGGAGGAACGCCAAGACCGUCCAAUUUUCAGCGCCGACUUAUUAUGAGCCUUCUGAGUAUGAGUAUUCGGACGAGGAGGAAGAAGGUGAAGACGACACACUCGACCAGAUCGGCGGCGAGAAUCCUGAGGAAGGUGAAGCGAGUGAAGACCAACAAGAUGGGCCUGUUACAUCGACAGAAAACCAAGCGCAAGUUGAGCCCAUACUAGUCAACGGCGCCCAGCGCAGCAUUGGCAACGAGAGCUCGAAUCAUGACAUGUCGUCAAGUCCUCCCAAAGCUCAACAGCCGCAAACCCAACAAGAGCAACAACUCUCCGAAGAAACUGUUCAGCGGUCGAGGAAAGGUGUGGUUAGAAAUACAGAUUCCUUCUUCCGAGACGACACGGUGGAGACGAAGAAGAUAUCCUUGACUCCAAGAUUAUUACGAGGGGACUCUGAGGCAAACGUGACCGCCGAACAAGGAGUGCGUGAGCGUGCGAGUCUCGAAACCAUCGACAAGGCCGUGGUGGCGGACGACAAGGGCAAAGAGAAAAAGAAGGAGAAGAAGGGUAUGCUCAGCGGUCUGUUCAAGCGAAAGAAGGGCGCUCCGCAAGAAGAAAAUGAGAAAGUGGCCGACGAUUCACGACAGUCACCGCAAAACAAGGAUUCAUUGGAAUCUCUCACAUCGAGACCCGAGGUUGGUCCAGAGCGAAAGCCGAGCAAACUACAGAAAGCACCUCCUGUCCUAUCGUCGACCUCUUCACCAACGGAUACACGGGCCCCGUCCAGAGAUGGUCCAAAGGCUCUCCAACCGGAGGCACCUCCAGCACCCACAGGGCCCGCGCCCGCGCCGCCAACGGUACGAAAAGUCGAUUCAGAUACCACGCAGGCGGACGAGCCUCAAACUUCGGCGCCUACGCAGACACAGCCGGCACCUCCUGUCAAUCGUUUUCCCUCGCUCACAGAAAAGAGGUCAAUCUUCGCGCCCAUUACCACGGCACUGAAGUCAAAUUCCUCAUCUGCAGCGGAGACUACUUCUCCUGUGAAAGCCAUCUACUCUAAGAGGGCUAAAGAGCGAUUUGCAAUCGAUGAUAGUGGAUCCGAUGAAGCGGAAGAACAGGCGAUGAACUCAGAAGAUGUGCAUCGCAACAGUGUCUCUCCUCUGGUGGAGCCAGAAGGGCAAACGACGUCGAUAGAGAUCGUGAGAUCUGUUUCACCUCUCGAAUCGACGACCAAUGCUGCCAAUGAUAAACUCCAGGGUGGCCUCCCAGCAUCAACGUUCUACCAAGAAAUAACAAGGGUAUCGCCUGAGCCACACGAGGGCAAUCCACCUGAAUCAGAAGGGACAGCCAGCACUUCGAAACCGUCGCCUUCUACCGCCACGCACACACCCUCGACUUCGAGGUCUACUCCGACAUGGUCGGACGCCUCACUCCGAACCUACAUGGAAAACAAUCAAGACAUCAAGGACCUACUCAUUAUCGUCCACGACAAUUCAAAUGUCACUCCCGUGGGUCCAGAGCACCCACUUAUGCACAACCUCUUUUCAGAUGAACGAACGAAACUUGUUGAAAUGCAAUCGCAACUUGAUGACAUGCUGAUGAACUGGAUAUCCAAGAAGCAUGCGAACCUUUUGUCUGGCGCUACCUGAGAGGCCUGUGGACAUUGACUUGCCUGUUGCACUAUACUUACAUUUGUAUUAUUCAAUUCUCGGCGUGUCAGAGCAGCUGCUCGACUUGUACUACUAGGGAGAGGACCCUUUUGUUUGAUUUUCAUCACGAACGACAUAUCUAAAGAUGAAUGCACGGAUUGAGAUACCUGGGGAUCAUACCUUUUGUACAGAACUCUCCAAGGGAUAGGAUUUCGAGACCGGACCGAGUCCCUAACGUUGAAAUAUCAGCGAUCAAACGUAAACAUGCUGGUCGGAAGGCUAGCAAUUGAUACCAAAUCUAGUUGAGGCACUGAUUCUGACGUUGUGGAAUGCUCCCAAAUGGCAAAUGCCCUUCUGUUCUGUCUCAGUCUCGGUGGAUUUGUACACACUCGCACGUGACCUUCAAACUGCGGCUCUGAACAAAUACCUACAACUUUUUUGAAUGAGAUCAACCGACG